UCCCACUGAAGGUGAAAGUCUGGCCUGGCAGCCUUCCCCAGGCGAGAAGCAACAAGGUGAAAGAAUGCAGAGCUGCAGACUACAUGGUGUUGGACCUCAGAUCUCCACUUCCUGUGUCCUCCGGAAGUUGUCAGGAACGACGAUGUUCAGCUUGUACAUGUUGAUGAUGGGUGCUUCUGCCUUCAUCAUUCAGCCUGAGGCGCACACAGUGGCUGCGGGAAGCUGCCAAUAUCGCGGCAGGCAUUAUAAACGGGAACUCAGGCUGGAAGGGGAGCCUGUGGCCCUGAGGUGCCCACAGAUGCCGUAUUGGUUGUGGGACUCUGCCCGCCCCCAUGUCAACCUGACGUGGCGUAAAAAUGACUCUACUGGGACGAUACCAGGAGAAGAAGAGACUCGAAUGUGGGCCCAGGAUGGUGCCCUUUGGGUUCUGCCAGCCUUGCAGGGGGACUCUGGCACCUACAUUUGCACUGCCAGAAAUGCCUCUCACUGUGAUGAAAUGUCCAUUGAGCUCAGGGUUUUUGAGAAUGCAGAAGCUUCCCUGCCGUUGAUCUCAUACCCACAAUUUUUAACCUUGUCAACCUCUGGGAUGUUAGUGUGCCCUGACCUGAGUGAAUUCACCCGUAACAAAACUGACGUGAAGAUUCAAUGGUACAAGGAUUCUGUCCCUUUGGAUCAAGACGAUGAAAAAUUUGCAAGAGUGAGGGGGACCACUCGCUUGAUCGUGCAUGAUGUGUCCAUGGAGGAUGCGGGCUAUUACAGCUGCACCAUGACAUUUACCCACGGAGGCCGGCAAUACAACAUCACUAGGAGUGUUGAGCUACAUGUCAGGAAAAGAAAAGAGGAGACCAUUCCUGUGAUUAUUUCUCCUCUCAAGACCAUAUCAGCUUCUCUGGGGUCAAGACUGGUAAUCCCGUGCAAGGUGUUUCUGGGAGCCAGCACACCCUUAACCACGAUGCUAUGGUGGAAGGCCAACGACACCCUCAUAGACAGCGCCUACCAGGGAGGCCGUGUGACCGAGGGGCCACGCCAGGAAUAUUCUGAAAACAAUGAGAACUACAUUGAAGUGCCACUGAUUUUUGAUCCAGUCAUAAGAGAAGAUUUGAACACGGAUUUUAAAUGUGUUGUCCUUAAUAGCUGGAGUUCUCAGACACUACGCACCACAGUCAAAGAAGCCGCCUCCACGUUCUCCUGGGGGAUUGCGCUGGCUCCCCUUUCGCUGGUCUUCUUGGUUUUGGGGGGGAUAUGUAUGCACAGACGAUGCAGACACAGAACUGGAAAAGCACAUGGUCUGACCACGCUGAAGACUGGCCUUCAAGACUUCCAAUCCUAUCCCAAGUAAAAUAAACAGAAUGAAAUAUUCAAACACAAA